AGAGAAAGAGAGAGACAGUGAGCAGAGAAGCAGAGAAACCUGAUGAAAAGCAGCUCAGAGGAAAACCAAAGACGUGUGUCGUCUCAGGAUGACCGUCACUUACUCCAGUAAAGUCGCCAACGCCUCCUUCUUCAGUUUCCACCGGCUGCUGCUGCGCUGGAAGGGAAGCAUCUACAAGCUGCUGUACCGGGAAUUCACCGUGUUCGUCCUGCUCUACACCGUCCUGAGCGUCGUGUACAGACUCGUCCUCUUCGACGAUCAGAAGAGACUGUUUGAGAAACUUUCCAUGUACUGUGACAAAUACGCAGAGCAGAUCCCCGUCACCUUCGUCCUGGGUUUUUAUGUGACUCUGGUGGUGAAUCGAUGGUGGAACCAGUUUGUGAAUCUGCCGUGGCCCGACAGACUGAUGUUCCACAUCUCCAGCUGUGUUCAGGGUAAAGAUGAAUAUGGCCGCCUCCUGCGCAGGACGCUGGUUCGAUACGUCAACUUAACGUCGCUCCUCAUCUUCCGUUCCGUCAGCACCGCCGUCUGCAAACGAUUCCCGACCAUGGACCACGUGGUGGAGGCAGGAUUUAUGACUCCGGAGGAGAGAAAGGUUUUUGACAACAUCCGCUCACCUCACCUGAAGUACUGGAUUCCUGUGGUCUGGUUCUCCAACCUGGCGUCUAAAGCUCGACAAGAAGGACGGAUCCAGGACAGCAUCGACCUGCAGAAUAUUCUCAAUGAGAUGAACCUGUUCAGGACUUGGUGUGCGACUCUGUUCGGUUACGACUGGGUCGGCAUCCCACUGGUCUACACACAGGUCGUCACUCUUGCUGUCUACACCUUUUUCGUCGCUUGUCUAAUCGGUCGACAGUUUCUGGACCCCAAACAGUGUUACCAAGGUCAUGACCUCGACCUCUACGUCCCCGUCUUCACCCUGCUGCAGUUCUUCUUCUACUCCGGCUGGCUGAAGGUCGCGGAGCAGCUGAUCAACCCGUUUGGAGAGGAUGACGAUGACUUCGAAGCCAACUGGAUCAUCGACAGGAACCUUCAGGUGUCGCUGUUGGCUGUGGAUGAAAUGCACAUGAACUUGCCUCACAUGACCAAAGACAUGUACUGGAACGACUGCGACGCUCGACCACCGUACACGCUGGCUGCUGCCGACUACUGCAUCCCCUCGUUCCUCGGCUCCACCACCGACAUGGGACUCUCAGACAUUCUCCAGUUUGAUGAGGCCGACGUUAGCGACAGUUGUCCUCGGCAACCGGAGUCUGUACUGACCCGGCGCCAAGAGUCGGUUCUUGGGCGAGUCCGCCGGCUGCUGAGCGUUCAGGAGCCUCCUGAACUCCGACCUCCUCGACCCAUCUUCAAACGGCACAGCAGUGAUGCAACAGGAAGCUUCUUCCCAGACUUCCGGCUCAGUCCAGGUGCAGGUGGCCUGGCCCCACCCCCCUCCCUGGUCACGCCCCCUCCUCCCAUGGACACCUUGUCCACCUUGAGGGAGGUCAACAGUAGCCCCGCCUCCCCUGAGAGCUGCCCCUCUGCUGUGUUCCCCCAGCUUCUCAUCAGCCCGCCAGUGUUUGACGUCUGGAACAAGGCGGAUUCUUCUGCCAACGCCGAGGUGGUGAACAUCCACAACGGUUUGGAUCCUUCCUCCACAGAGGAGGCGCCAGGCCGGGACAAUCCAAGGGCCAGCUCCUUGGUUUGUUGCUCCCCUACUCAAUUAGGACCAAAGGAAUUCCAGUGGACAGCAACAAAUAUCCAAAAUCGGCAAUCAACCCGACCACGAAGGCGCCAGUUCUCCCUGCAGUUUUCCAGGCAGACGUCAAAGUCGUCGGUUCGCAGCCUGCCGAGCCCCAAGGGCCUGGGGAGGCGUAGGCGAUGUCUGGCUCGAUUCCAGUCCAGAAGAUCACCUGGUCCACCGACUGACACCCUGCAGCUCCCUGACCCCGAGCAGGACCCCAGCUUCCAGGGAAUGACUGAGGAUGAUGAGUCAGACAGAACCAACAACAGCAAGGACGUCGAAAACAACAACUCCCAGUCACACAGUUCAGGAGAGAGAAGAGAAUCACUCACUUAGUAACAUAACACUGGGCAAACAGAACCAAACAGAACCAAACAGAACCAGUCACUGAGCUGACGACUUCAAUACCUGAAUGAUUUGACGCCUUAACCUUGGUUUACUGAUUAGUCUUGUUUAGUUACUGGAGACAAAAAUAAAACAAAGUUGGCAUAAAAACGAGUCAAAAUACGCAAAAGAAUCCUGAUAAUGAUAUUUCGCACACAACGAAGAAAGAGCAAGAGCGUCUGUUUUUCAGAACUCUGGUGUUUUCCAUUCACUUCUACACAGAGUUUUUUGGAUGCCAUCUAGUGACUAAUAGAGGAACUGCAGGUAAUCCACACCUAUUCCUCUUUUACACCAAAAUUAGCAGCUAUGCGCAGGUUUUUAAAAUGUGGUUAAACUUUUAAAAGGUGUUUGAUUCCUUUCAUAUUGUCAGUAAAGGACUUUCUCUUUUUCCCCCUGUGCAUCAUGAACAUACUGAAAACCGAGGCGCUCUCUCACCUCGCCGUCUUGCCAACUUAGCGCUUUCACCCAGGUGUCUCUUUUCCAUCACUUCUGAUCGGAGCCGAUUUAAACCCGUGUACAAGCAGAGUCCUUCGACCCGGACGUGAAAGAUGUAUCCAGUCACAUCGCAGACAAAAGCCAGACAUUAGUGGGUUUUUAGAAAAGUGGAAAAAGUGUUUUGAGCUCCGACCCACAGACCAAACGGUGGUAAACGAUCCCAUCAAGUUCUGCUCCUCAGGAUUAUUGACUUUAAAGGUUUCUACAAAAUAAUAUUUUUUGGGGACAGAAUUGUUUAUUUGUAAUGACUGUGAUAUUCUCUGAUUUUGUAAAUGCACCUUGAAGUGAUGAAUUCACUUUAUCUGGUGCUGCUGCUGCUGAAUCACCACAAAACACAUUUUUAGAAUAAAACAACCAUCAAUGACAAAUGACUUUAUUUCUUAUCGAUAUAUUUAUUGCUCAUCCAGCUGUUAGAGACUGAUGGUUAUUAUUUGCUCCGGUGCUUCGCAGGUGCGAGGCCGACCCGGUCCUGUCCUCGGUCGAAGACGCUGUAGAACUCUGUCAGAAAUACAUCUCCCAGAAUCCACAGGGGGCCCUCAGGGGAAAGAAUGUCCACGCUCUGGAAUCCACUGAAACACAUCUCCCUGUCACCAAGCAUCUCCUGAAGAUCAGGGCAGAGAUAUUUCAUAUUACAGACCAGUAUGGGGAUUGUAUUGGUAACAGGACAGACCAGUAGUGCCAUUACCUUCCUGACAUAUUGUUCAGCAGUCAGUGUGUACUCUUUCCCCCCCAGGACGAACGUCACAUGAGGCAAACUGGACAACCUGGCGCAGUCGAUAAGAAACUAAACACACACAAAGGUCAAGUUUCAAAUAAUUUCUUUCUUUCUUUUUUAUAUUCUACUUUCUGUCAAGUUUUAAGAAUUCACUUUCAGAUACGAGAUUAAUAUUGAUUCGGUUUUGUUUACUUCUCCAAUGUUUGUGGGCGUGGCUCCGAUCAGUUGCUGGAGGUUAAAGAUGUCAUGGCUCGGUCCAGUAAUCAGGGAAGUUCCUGUAUCGACAAUCGCUUGGCAACCACGAGGACAAAACGAACUCACACCCUGCACCGCCACACUGAAACACACAUUAUUCACCACGGUGUGUAAACUCUGGUUUUGUUGACUAUGAUGAGGACAACAUGGCGUCACAGGGGCAGUUAAACAUCUGCUUUUAAUGCUGUAAAUGAAGAAUAACGGCACCUUGUCUAAUAAAUCUCUUUGUACUGCCUUCUGGUGGUUGAUACGUGUACUGCAUAGCACCCCAACAUGAUGUACACACACUACACACACCUGUGUGUUUAUUGGAUAUGGUCAUGAGCUGUAACUGAUAUUCACUAAACGUGCCACAAAAAUAAUGAAAUAAAAUAAUAUUUCUGAUUGUCA